CCAAGAACUUCAACCCACAAAACCAUCGACAUCAUGAGCAGCCCCAAUAUGGAUCAGCUGGACAAGGCCCAUAAGGAGGGUGUUGUACUCGGUCUUGCUGGCUUUGGCACAGCACAGCGUCUUGACAUCGAUGUCAUGCUGACCGAACAGCCCGAUACCUUCAAUCUUUACCUGAUCGCCUUGAUGGAACUCCAAGGCAUGGAGAAUCUGCCUUGGCCUGCACCUGAAGGCUAUUCCUUCAAGGCAGGUGGGGAUGACUUGAAAAUGUCCUGGUUCCAAAUGACUGGCAUCCACGGACAACCCGUGAGUAUAUGGGAUGGCGAGGGGCCGCGGGGAUACUAUUGUACCCAUAGUAGGCCGCACUUCGGAACCUGGCAUCGUCCGUACUUGGCAAUGAUGGAGCAAACUCUCUUUCGCCAAGUGGCCAAUGUCGCCAAGCGAUUCUCUGAGUCGGACAUCCCUGAUGAACAGAAGAAGAGGUAUCUCGAUGCUGCUCGGCAGUUCCGUCUUCCCUACUGGGACUACUAUCGUCCCCGAGCGUACACCAAGACUAGGUUUCCAGGAGUCAUUAACAAAGAUGGCACGACAACCGCGCCCUUUGAUUGGGGUGCCCCGCAAAUCUUCACACUGCCUGAGGUCAUGGUCAGGCGUCUCCCAGAUAACGAACUCGUUCCCAUGGCGAACCCUUUCUUCCAGUUUGAGUUCAGCCAGGACCAACUCGACAAGAUCAAAGCUGAUCGUGACCCGAGGAGAAGAAUCAAGCCACAAUUCGAGAAUAUCCUAAAGACAAUUCGGCAUGGAGGAUCUGACGAAAAGGCCACGGAAAGGAUGAACAAGAAACUGAAUAAAGUCCGUGAAGACGAACUUCGCAUCUGCCUCGCUUUGAUGGAAGACGAGGUUUACAGAAACUACAGAACGUUCUCAACCAACGCGGUCUUGAAGCCCGGUGAGAAACCCACAGCAAUGCUCGAAGAAGCUUCUGGAUCCAUCGAAGAUUUUCAUGGUGGCUAUCAUGUCACAAUCGGCGACCCUAGCGGGCACAUGGGUUCCAUCGCCACAGCAGCCUUCGACCCGAUCUUCUGGAUGCAUCAUUGCCAAAUUGACAGACUGUUCGCGAUCUGGCAGGCUGCCAACGGCGAUGAGCACUGGUUCAAUGAGCUUCUCCUAGAGGAGGACCAGGAACUAGCUACGAUCGACCUGACGCCGUUCCGCAAAUCGGUUUCGGAGAACAAGGAAAAGACAUACUGGACCUCCAACCUAUCCAGGGAGACUAAGACAUUCGGUUACACAUAUCCGGACACGGCACGUGGGCAGACAGGGGACACGAUUCGUAAGGAAUUUAGGGAAAAGUAUGAAUGGAGCCGACGCACUACCGUCAAGCCCGUUUUUGGCACACCGCCCGAUGAUAUGCAGCCUAUACAAGUCGGCGACGCCCAGGUCUUCCAGUACACGUCUGACACUUCUUCUGGAGAUCUCUUGAAAAAUCCCGGCGUCCCCUUCCAUGAGAUGCAACAACAGACUGUCAUGGCCGCAAUGUCAUCCAACACGCAGUAUGCAGACGAUUGGUACAUCGACGUCGUCGUCGAGAGAAUGCUUGCUAAUGGGACUUACACCAUCUACUACAUCAUCGGCGACGUCCAGGGACAGACUGGUGAAGAGUGGUCGACUCUUCCAGGCUUCGCCGGCCUGUCCCAUAUCCUAGCCGCGCCUACCAAUGUGUGCGACAACUGUGCCAACCAGGGAGAGCAAGGACAGCUUGUGACCAGCACAACUGCGAUCACUUCGCUGCUCCUCGACUACGUACAGAUCGGAAAGCUGAACAGCAUGGGCGAGGGCGACGUAAAGAAAUUCCUUAUCGAUAAUCUGAAGUGGCGAGUGCAGACUAUCUCUGGCGAGGUCCUUAAUCCUAGGGAUAUGGACAGGGACCACACUUUCAACCUCAGCAUUAGUCGCAAGCGGACUCCGGUGCCACGCAGCGCUGGUGAUGUGCAGUAUGAUACUUACCCUGAGGUCAUCGAGGCUAUUAUCCGCAAUUCUUCUUAG